AUGGCCACGGCCACCGCUGCUGUAGCCGCUGCAUACUCGGGACGCUGCGCCAGCGCGUGUGCAGCGCCGUCGCGAGCCCAGAUAUCGUCCUCCUCUCUGCGGACGGCUCCAGUAGCCUCAAACGGGACGCCGCUGCCGUGCGGUGACAGUGGAGGCAACGCUGUCCGUGCACCCUUGGCGCGUGCCGCGGCCACGAUGACGGCGGCGGUUUUUCUGCCGGGCAUCACCCCGCUAGAUGGCGUUCUGCUCCACCGCGAUGACGGCAGCCACUGGCGCAUGAGCGCUUGUCGGGGCGUGGCAGGGCUGGGAGCGCUCGCCAUGGCGUCGGCGAUACGUGGAGCGUCCGCUGGCCGUCCCGCGGCGUUGCCGCUCGGGCACGCCGCGCGAUAUGCAAGCACCUACAAGGGACGUAGCGGCACCGGCGCAGAGACGUCCUCUCACGAGUCUUCAACGGAGUCGUAUGCAGCGGCCGCCACGCACAGCCGCAGGCAUGUCGCGGAGGAAAGUGGCGGCGGUGAGGCCGUGCAGACCACCUUCGGGUCGGCGCAUCACCGAGGCCGCUCAGCGUCGCCCGCCACAUCUUCUCGUCCUCCGUCCACGAUGUCCCGCCACGCGUCUGCUAAAGCCGCUGUGACGCGUGGCGGGGGCGGUGACAGGGUCUCUGGUGCGGCGCUCGCGGCAGCCAUCAUGCGACAUCACCGCCUUCACACAUCCCUCCACUACCUCGCCAUCUCCUCUGGCGUUGAGGUACCGGAGUGCGCCGGCGGUGCCUACCACCUCCAAGAACGGCCACCACCGCGCCACAGCGCCUUUGACACCUCUGCGGCUGCUGGCAGCGGUGACCAUGGCGGCUAUCUCACCCGCUCCCGCACCUGUGCUAACAAUGUGCGUAUCUCUGUAUUCCCCGCGGCAUCGUUGCGGCUUGCACCCGGCACCGGCGGCGCUUCGUCCUCUUCUGCUCUCUCACCCGAUGACUGGUCUUCAUCCCCGUCGACGUCGUCGGCCACUGCUGCCUGCGCGUCGCCGACGGUGCUGCAUCGCGAUGCGGCGCACCUGCGCGCACAGCAGUACGAGCCCUUUGACCGCCUCCUGCAUCGCUACCUCGAGCGUGGCCACGUGGCGUACAUCACGCAGCGACUCCUUCACCACCCUGAUGCCCCCGCGCCGGCCAUACUCCUCGACACGAUCCUGCGGCAUCGGCUUCCCGCGCCGUCGUUUGUAUGCCAGGCGUUACUCGCCACGAUACACACGGCUCGCCGAGAUCGCAGCACAGCCGCCGCUGCGGGCUUAGCGCUGGACCGCGUUGCGGUGCGCCUGCGCACCGAUGUGAAGGCCCGCCUGCUCUACCAGACUCCCCAGGUGCGGGCGCUGUUGCUGGAGGCAACACUGCAGGAGUCACUCUUCGACACCGCUGUCGAUGUCGUGGCAGACAUGCCGGCUGAGUGGAUCACGCCGCAUGCGUGGUCGCAGCUGGUGGUGAUGGCCGGGAAGUCGAAGCUGCCGCACUCGCAGCUGCUGUGGCGACUCUUGAGCUUGCGCGAAGGGGCUUCGUCGACUUCGCGGAGCUCGUCAUGUGAAACGCCGACGUCUGCGCAUCCCGUUUUGACGCGUGCCGGUGAGAGCGCGCUCCUCGGCGCACUGCGCCAGCGUCCACUGAGCGCUUCUCCGAGUGCUGUGCACCUCUGCGACGUGGCGGCGACGGUGGCCACCACCGCAGUGCCCGAUGGGGCGCUCGACGCCCGCGCGUGCGCCACAGUCCUCGCACCUUCGAACGGUGAGCUCGGAAGUGCCGUCUUCGCCGACGCGACUGUCGCCGACGAAGAGCUGCCCAUCGACGAGGGGAGUGAGGAGAAUGCGCAGCUAGCAUCGGUGGGCAGCGAGGACCAUCCGUCAGCUACACCGGUGACGGCGGUGGUGCCUGCAGGCAGCGCUGCAGGCGGUAACAACAGCGUUUACUGGUGCGCGGUAGGAGCGGUGGAGCUUGGCUAUGCAGUGGAGCACCACAACGGCGACGCCACGCCUGCGGCGGGCGACUUCCGGGCCUCCGGUGCAGCCGGCGCGCUCUGCAGUCACUCGUCUUUCCAAGCAUUGCUGGCGGAUGUGGAGCGGGAGGGAGUGCAGGAGGGCGGCACUGUCGCAACGUCGCCGGCGACUCGGACGCGUGUACUGUGGGAGACGACAGCGCUGCGCAUGAUCAACUCGCGCCAUGGCAUCGUCUACGGCCUCAACGCUACGAUGGCGGCCCAAGUGAUGCUGCGCUGCGGUGUUUCCUUCGCGGCGCAGGCCUCGCCGCUGCUGGCGUUGCACGUGCUGCGCCGUUACCUGCGUAGUUGCCAUCUCCUGCGCGAUCAGGUGGUGACGGCACAACGCCUGGUGGAGGCCCAGCUCGAGGCGGCAGCGGAGGACUCUAAUGACAGGACCUCAAGAGCUGUCACCACCACCACCACCACGGCCUCGACGGAAAACCGGGUAAGAUCACGUCACCACGGCGAGAAGGCGGCGGCCGCUGACCCCUACCCGCGCCUCUCGCGCGCUGUCAUGCCACACCCCGCCCCUUUCCUGGUCUUCUUCAAGGUGAUGCGUGAUGCGCGCGACGUGCUGGCGCACGCCGUCUACGGUGACGAGGAAGAGGACGACGCGGUGGCUGCGCUGUCCGCGGCGCGACGGUAUCGUGGCACGGCCGCCGCUGCCGCCGGCCGGGCGCACGCGUCUCUACCGAUGAUGCACUGGGAGCUCGUCUGGCACGUGUUCCAGCAGCUAAAUCGUGAGAAUCCGCGCUGGUACACGCAGCUGGAUGUGCCGGAGGCGGGCGACCUGUGUCUCGACGCGAUGGAGGUGCUCUGUCACGGCGCGGAUCCGUGGCUGACGCUGAACGUUGCACGUCGUGUGUCGGCCCGGCAUAUUAUCGAUGGCGUGGACAUGUCGCUGUGGUUGCUAAAUCGCUUGGACCCGUCGCACCACACUGAUGAGGCCCGCGAAGUCGCGCGCAAGCUGUUCCGCUGGCUGCUCGUUGACGUUGGCGUGCACGUGCAGCCGCCGCUGCAUCGCCACCUCGUCCCCGCCGCGCGAGCGCUGAUCCGGCUCGGAUUGCAGGAGGAGCUGAGCACCCUGUACAACGCCGUGCUCGACAAUGUCUUUCUGUUGACCUCAGAGCACCGCGACGCCUUCAUUCACGUCUUGCGCGACCUCAUCUGCCCCGCCUGCGCCAGCGUACUGCCGGAGGCCGACGUGUACGUCGACCGUGCGUGUCCGAACUGCAUGGCGGUCGUACCAGCGAAGGACGCCGACACCAUCCCGAGUUUUCGACUCUCGGCAGAGCAUGUGGAGCGACGACGCGCACAACGCAAGCAGCGGCGACAGCGGACUCGCCAGCGGCUCUCGGCCAGUGUGCGUCGUCUGCAGCAGGGCGGCGAGGGAUGGACGAGCCGCGACGUCGCACUGUACCAUCCGCCACGCGACGCGGCUGAUAUUCUCCGGUGGCACCUCAAGAAGCGCGACGGCACCGAGCAAGGAGGAGAGAACGGAGGGCUUGACGUGCCGCUGUCGUCGUCGCUGCUGAUGGCCACCGGUGCCGCCGCAGAGGCACCUUUAGUCCCUGGUGUCUCCGUGUCGGCCGAGUUGGCGCUGUUCCCCGUUGCAGGUGGGGCGGCGAGCGGUGUGGAGGUACUGGGUGUCCGGGCCGCCAUGGAGGAGUCUUCGCGCCGGCUUGAGCUGCAGCGCGCCGUACGGCGGUACGUGCUGGCGCAGCGCGGGGUGCGCGACGUCGCAGACGACGGCGCCGCAUCGCGGGUUGUCUUCGCGACACACCCAACAACUCUGCCCGUCUCUGCACAGGCGCUGGAUGCGUCGGCACACAAGUACUUAUCCACGGCGGCGAACGCCGUCGCGGCAGCGGGGCCGGCAUCGAUGUCUGCGCAGGCUGUUGACGGCGCCUGGGUGUGCGUGUGGUGCCAUGAGAACAACACCGAGUGGAGCAGUCGAGUCCAAUGCAGCGCGUGCGGGGCUGAGACCGGGCCGGCAGCGCCUUGGCGGAGGUUUGCGUACGCGGCAGCGAGCGGCGAUGUCAUGGAAGAGCUUCGCGGACGCAUGUCAAACUGCGAGGCGCGUCCAGUUGACGCGAUUGUGGCCGGCUACUUGUUGAUGCUGUACCGGCGCACCUUUCAGUUGCGCGCGACGCCGGCGGAUCAGGACCGUCUGCUGCGGCUGGUGGAGGUACUCUGUCGACUGCAGGAGCGCGUGCUGGCCGGCUACGUGUACACGAGGCUCAUCCCUGUUUCUCAGCGGCGCCUCGGCAUCCCGCUGUCCUCACUGGCUCAGGUAUGUGGCCAGGAUAUGUCGCCUGCUUACCAGGCGCUGACGCAGGCAGCCCUGACCGGGCCAGACGCGGACGACAUCUUCUUCAACGCCGUCCUCGGCGCGCAGACGUGCCGUGCCUGCUUUGGCCAGCACGACUGGCGCCUUUGCCCGAUUUUUACCCGAAACUUUGCCACGUCGGAGUCGGCGGCCGGGGAGGGCAGUCGGCGCACCACCAUCAGCCUCAGCCCGGAGGAGAAGCAGCGCGCUGUGCUGGAGCGACUGUCGCAGCGCAUCCAGCAAGCGGUCGCGUCACUGUCGCCGUCCGUCGCGGAGCCCCAACCCGAGCCAGAGCCCGCGUCGUCGUCAUCUUCCCCGCCGGUGCUGCUGCCGCCGGGAAAGCCGAGUGCGCAGCUUGUCGUGGACGCCUACACGGCCUUCGUAUCCUCGCCUUUCCGCGAAAUCUUCGCUGAGCUGCACGCAUCCGACGCGAACCGUCUGUCGCUGCUUCUGAGCCGGGUGCAGCAGUACCGCCGCGCCGCGUUCGUCCUCUGCCACGUGCCACCGCCGCAGCGCGCGACGGAGGCCUACCUGCGCAUGGUGCACUACUUCAACGUCACGGAGGCGGAGGCGCUAGCGCUGCUGGAGCGGCCACCGACACCGACGGCGCCGUCCAAGGGAGCCACCACCAGCGGCAGCCGUGGCACCGCUCCCCCCACCUCGGCAGCGAGGCAUGUUAACUUUGUGCAGGUGACGCAGACGUGCUGCAUGUGCCUUGACGCACGCCAUGCAUCACACGCGUGCCCGCGCCUGGACGAGUGGCUGAAGGGGGUACAGCGUCUGGCCCGGUCUGGCAGCGGCAGCACCAGCAGCGGUGCCGCUGGGGACUCUUCGUUGUCACCCGCUGCCGCAGCUUUACUCGACAUCGAGGGCGACGCGCGCCUGCGGCGGCGACUGAAGGCGCAGGUGGACGGCUGGACCACGGCGGGACCGGAGCGGCUGCAUGCCUUUUACCGGUACUUGAUUGCUCACGUUGACCUUCUCCGGCCCGCGGCGUUCGUGUCUACCGGCGCUGGGCAGCAGCCCGCUCGCCGACGUGCCGACUUGGACGACCCGCUCGUGUACGCCGUGAACAAGUCGAUAGCGAAGCUGUCCGCGGUGGGACAACGUAGUGGGACGUACCGCCUCUACGCACACGCGCCGGUAGAGUGCGUGUCUGCUGCGACGACGGCGGCGGUGUUGCGCAUGAACGGCUUCUCGGACGAGAGUGUGCGGGUGCUGCUGACACGCGCGUCUGCUUCCUCCACCGACGGCACCACGAUCGAAAGCGACAGCGACAGCUUUGCCAGCUCUCGUUGCACUUCUCUGAUGCAGCACGCCCCGCUUGCGGCUCGCACGGCAGCUGUACCGGUGCGGCAGUGCUGCCUUCUCUGCUUCUCGCCCGAUCACGCCUUCGUGGAGUGUCCAGAGCUGGCAGCGGCGUCGACAGAGGUGGAGCGGCUGCUGCUCGUGCUGCGCAACGUCGCCGGGAUCGCCUGCGUGCACGACGGCAUUGGUGCGGCGGCGGCGUACGUCUACAGCGAGUACAACCGCGGGCGGCUCUCGGCGGACAUGAUGCGCUCGCACCCGGAGCUUGUGACGGAGCUGUUGACGUUGACGCGCCGCUGCUUCGCCACGCGCCAGCUGCACCACGGCGUGCGAGUGCUGCGGCGUAUUCCAGUAGAAAUGGUGCCGCCCGACGCCGCCUACGUCGAUCUCUGGCGCGCGGCUGGCCUGCCGGAGGCUGAGGUGGAGCAGAAACACGCGCAGCUGCUGGCCCUCUUGGACGCGGAGGCGGUGCGGCCGUCCAUCGACCCGCUGCCACCGCGGCCGACCUACACGAACGCUUUUUUGUCGAAGCUGAGCCGCACCCUGCACGACGACUUGUGCCGGCACUGCUACGAGCACGGCCACACCAUCGCCACCUGCCCGCUCUUCCAUGCGGAAGUUGGUUUCGGCCGCGACUACGUGGCCGCGUACCGCAUGAGCAUGAUGUCGGAGCAGCUGGAUCGUGCCUGGCAAGAGGCGUAUUUGCUGAAGCUCGUCGACUUCUUCGCCGCGCACUACCUCUUCAUGCCGUACCACAUCGCAGGCGUGGCGAACGCCCUGAACGCGAUUGCCUCCAUGUGGAGCUUCCGCGGCGAACCGGGCAUUGCGGUGCGCCAUCUGCUGCGCAUCCCGCCGGCCUACCGUCGCCGGCAAGCCUUCAAGCACAUCCUGCACUGUCUGCGCGUGCCGACGGCGGAGAUUACGAAGCGGCUGGGCGACUUCUACUUUGCCCCCGAUGGCAACGCCGCGGCGGUGGAGCAGCAGCAGAAAGGUAGCGGCUCACCCAGCAUAAGUAGGUACCACGCACAGCAGCAGCAGGAGGUGGUGAUGGCACAGCAUCUACUGUUGCCAAAGCCCGCCAUUCGCGAUGUGGCGCGCAGGCAGGUCUUCGAUCAAAUCCCGGCGGCGGUCGCGGCGCUGGAGGAGAGCGAGGAGCGCAUGGCGGAGAUCCGUGCCCGUCACGAGCGGCGUGGCAGUGGCGGUGGCGGUGGCGGCAUCACCGCGGAGGUGCGAGAGCAUCUUCUUCGCCAGCAGAAAAGCGAACAGCCGGGCCGGCGUCCUGCAGAAAUCGGCGACGCCGGCUUGCCGCACGCCGCGGCAUCUUUUCACGCCCCCGCGCUGCGGAACGUCAUGCAGAGCGGCGACAUUGCGCAACUGCGUGAAGACUUCGACCCGAUUCUGUCCGAGCUGGAGGACGCCGUUGGCAUGAAGCUCGGCAGCCGCCACACGCUCUUCACAAGCACCAUCGACAUAUUGUCCGCUGCUGCUGCGGCGACUGCCGCCUCGAGCCCAGCGCCGGCACCGCCCUCGCCAUCAGCGCUCUCAAGCUCGGCUUCGCCCAGUGCCAGCACCGGCAAGAGGAGUGGCAUAAACGCGGCAGCGCCGUCAUCACCAACCUUCUCGCAGGCGCUGGAGGCGGAGGUGGUGACGGAGGUGCAGACGCGCCACGCUCCACCGCGUCGCCCCGGCGCCACAGGAGACCGGUCGCACAGCUUCCGUCAGCCAAGCGCCACCAAGGCGCCCACGACUUCGUCCGCUGCCGCUGCUGCUGGUGCGGCACCGUUCUCAGAGAGGUGCCAACCUCAGGCGGGAGAGGGUGAUGCUUCCAAACCCGCGGGUGCGUCUCGAGGGCGCAGCAGCGGCACCGAGGACAACGACCGUGGCCGUGCCAACAUGAGCGGCAACGGCAGCCGCGCUGGUGAUGGCAGGAAUGAGCGCCGCGACGCUCGCGGCUGGCACGGCAAUCACGGGCGAAGCCCUCGCCAUCACGGCGACCGCUCCCGCCAUCACGGCAACCACCGCAAUCGGAGCAGCGCUUCGUAG